GUGAAGAUUGUAUUACAUUAUGGAAAUUUGGCACAUUUGAAGAAGGGAUUUGUGGUAAAGGUUCACUGAAAUGCCCGGAAACUUUUGCUUCACACACUGUUAUAAUGAAAAUGCCAAAUACAGAAAUGUGGUUUAUUAAAAUGGCUAUUGAUCCACAUCGAAAGUUUCUCGCUUGUGGAAGUCAACAAGGUGAAAUUAGAUUAUGGAGAUUAAAUGCAAAUAGAUUGCCUUUAGCAGAAAGUGAUUAUCUUCUUGUUCCAAGCAAUAAGGAAUUGAAAGGAUGUAUUCGUCAAAUAGCUUUCAGCCCCGAUGGAAAAUUAAUGAUGGCUGUUGGCGAUUGGGGAUUGGUAAUUCGUUUUGAUCUCAAUCCAGAUUUUUAA